AUGAAAAAUUUCACAUAUAAUUUCGCAGUUAAUCCCAUAAAUGAUUAUAAUCAUAUUACAAUAAUUGCUGCAGAUAGCUAUCAAAUAACACAAACAGUUUUCAGCUAUCGUGUUAAACAACCAAAUACACAGCUAUUUAAAAAAUAUUAUGGAAGUAUUAAUGAUCGCCAGAUAUUCGUGAAGCCAAAUGACUAUUUUAAUUUCAGUGGGAUAAUUACUAACUGUUAUCCAGGAACAAAAUUCAAUAUCAUACUUAAGAAAGAAAACAUUACUGAAGACGAGUAUAUCCCUGAUUAUCCUCCAGAAUAUCCUCCCGAUUAUCCCCCUGAUUAUCCUCCAGAAUUUGAACCUAUUGGUCAAAGGCACCUUCAAGAAAUACAAACAUUAAAAGAUGAAUAUGAGAGUCAUCAAUCCUUUGGAUAUGUUUACAGUUAA